GUUCCCGGAACCGUGCUGCGCGGGCGACGCACGGGGCGGCGCCGUUCCCUUGUUCGCCAUACUUGCACUGGAGCGCAGAGCAACGAACGCACUUACUGCAAAGGCACCUGAAAUCACUCCUGCAUUUAAUAUAAAGACAUGGCUGACGAUGACGUGACUACGGAGCAGCUAGCAGCCAUUGCCGCCGAAAAUGAGGAAGUAGACACGGUGGUCUACAAGGCGCCUGCUAAGAAGACACUGCAAGAGCUCCAAGACCUGGAUAAAGAUGAUGAGAGUCUACGCAAAUAUAAGGCAGCCCUACUUGGCUCUGGGCAAACUGAGGCUGAUCCCUGUGUUCCAAAUGUUCAAGUGACCAAAAUGUGUCUGGUCUGUGAAUCAGCCCCAAACCCCCUGGUCCUGGACCUGACAGGAGACCUGGAAGCCUUUAAUAAGCAGGCAUUCAUCCUGAAGGAGGGAGUUGAAUACAAAAUAAAGAUCGGCUUUAAGGUGAACAGGGAGAUUGUUUCGGGUCUGAAGUAUGUGCAGCAGACAUACAGGAAAGGAGUGAGGAUUGAUAAAUCGGAAUACAUGGUUGGCAGCUACGGACCUCGUCCAGCUGAAUAUGAAUUUCUGACAGCGAUGGAGGAGGCUCCCACAGGCAUGCUGGCCCGCGGAAACUACUCUAUCAAAUCCAAGUUUACCGAUGACGACAAGCACGACCACCUGUCCUGGGAGUGGAACCUCAACAUCAAGAAAGACUGGAAAGACUAAAAGAGGCCUUUGUUUUUGUGGGGGGUGAGGGAAUCAAGAUUACCCCCCAGCCCUGUGCAUUCCUCAGCCGCUGUCUCCCCCUCUGUCCUUCCCCGCCAUGUGUUCACCGCCAUUUCUGCCUUCUCUAUUUUGACUUAGUCAUGCAUUUCAUGCUCUCAUGCCUUAGUUCCUGCCUCGCUGUCUUAACCCCUAGUUGUCCUCCUCACCUCUCUGUCAGCAGCAGUAGCAUCGGCAGUAGCAGCAGCCUCCCCCCGUCCGUCCAUCACUUUCCCACAUAUGUCUCAUGGUUUGCACACGAACCACCUUCCAGCUUCACUCACCCACCUGAGCUGUUACUUGUAGCACCUUACUUCCUCACACCCAGCCCUCUAUUUGUCUUCUGUCCCAGUUUUUUUGCUGCUUGAAGAGAUUAACCCCGCCUUCCACCUCUCCAGACUGGUGUCUUCCUCUCUCAGUAUGAAGUACAUGUGGAAAAGCAACUGUACAAUCAACUUUUGUUUGCCUUUUUUAUAUAAUUGUAUCAAUGGUUGUGUAAUGUAGCUGUAUUCACAUCAUUGUUAAUCAGCUGUUGUGUUUAUCGCAGGCCCCACCACAUCCACCUGCACCCCUCAAACACGCACUUGUUCUACAGCAUUACUUUGCUUACCUACACACUUGCUGUCUUUUGAUAUGAUUACCAAUACCUGCCUUGGAAAACAGUAAUUCAGAUCUGCUGUACAGCACCUCCCUUCCUCUCUUCCCUAAAUGCAUUCACACACACCCCUCCUCAAUUGGGACUGGGGCCAAAGUCAAUGAGGGAGUAAAGUACAGAGCUGUUAAAUUGAUGUGGACAGAAAAAAACAAGUUCCUGGUGCACAGCAGAAACUAAGGGAAAGUUUUGCACAUUUGCAUGAAUUCUUUUUUCAUCAUCAGGUUUCUUGUUCCUCUAGAAGAUUUGCUCACAAGAAGGUUGUUCAUGAGGUUUUUAGUGCACACAAGAAAGCUCUGCGUGCUCACAAGAAGGUAGUUUUAUGCUAAACAUCAAGUUUUUUUGUACACACAAGGGCACUUCUUGAGCUCACAAGAAGGUUUUCUUGUGCUACUGAGGUUUCUGUUGUACACUUAAAGUUUUGUGUGCUAAGGAGAGUUUUAUAGGCCUCCUGUCCUCACAGUAAGUUUUGUGAACCUUUGGGAAAGUUUCAUGUGCUUGCUGAAAAAUUCUACCUUCUCACAAGAAGGUUGUUUUAUUCUUUAGAGGAAGUUUUGUGUGUCCAUGAGAAGGUUUCAUGCGCAAACAGAUUUUGUGAGCAUGAACUAGUUGUCUCUGCGAAGCUGAAACUUGUUAUUUUUCCUGAUCACGUCCCCCCUCGUGCUCUGUAGUAAAGAAAACAACGGUUAGAAAAAAAGCUGCCUUAUGUAUCGAAUAAUGUCUGAAAUGUUUUUUAGUAUGCCUUGUGUGCAUGAGCAGCACUAGCUAUCAUGUAGCCUGUAUAUCAAGGGCUUACUCUCGCUACCAACUCAUCUGUAGCCCUGUUGUAGUAGAGACAGUUUAUACAGGACUCUCAGAUACCGCUCUGCACACGCCCACUGCCCCCAAAAAUAAACUUAACCAUGUAAUGAAAGGGGACUGAAUGUUGUUGAUUGGAGAAAAGAUGCCAAACCAAGCAGGACAGUAUUGUUGAAUCUCCUUUUAGCCUUGAGGCCUUAGCACUAACUAUGAGGAAAUCACACAUUUUGAAUUUUGCCUUUUUUGAACUAUUUGUUGCCCCUGUUUGCCUUACUGUAAUGCAUUCCCGCUACUAAAUUCCCUCAAUGUUGCUUGUUCAGAACUUUUAGUCUGUAGUCAGGAGAGCUUCAGUGAGGAGGAGGCUGAGCCAAGCACCGUCUGCUGCUGGAGACCUCGGCGGUGUCUGGUCUCUCCCCCAUGCAGACUGAAAAAGGAGAAAGGAAGCUGACCAGACCUCUCUUUAGCCUUUUAGCCCUCACAGGAAGAAAGCAGUGAAAGGAAAUGUAAGGUGACACUACAGGUAAAAUACUUCCUCAGUAUUUAAUGAGGCAGAGGGUUUUAACACAACUUACUGAUCGUAAUACUCAACUGAAAUCGACUCGUACUGUACCAGAACAUAUGGAUGUAACUUAUUUUUGUUUCUUCUGAUAAUGAUGUACUUCCUGCUCCAUACAUUCCUUCACAUUGUACAGUUUCUAUGAAAACGCUGGCAUGCUGGUGGGGUUGUAUAUUCUAUCAUCAUUUGUGAUUGCUCUUCUCAGUCAAUAAAGGUUUUGCUCAA